GUUGAAAUCGGAAACCCACCGCAAAAGACUCUCGUCCAAGUCGACACAGGAUCUGCCUACCUCUGGGUCAAUGCAAACUGCUCCUCGGCACCUUCGGCUUUUGAUCAACAAAGGUUCUGCCAAAACGUUCCUCGCUACGACCCUGGAGCCUCUAGCUCUGUUGAGGGACCUAUUGGCUCUCGUACCCUGGGAUACGGGUCGGGCGAAGAGGUGAUUGGUGCUAUUGUUGAUAUCUACGAAGACUCGGUUACCAUAAAGACCCAAAGAUUUGGAGUUGCAUCCAACAGCCUUGGGCUUCCAGUCGGCAUCAUGGGACUUGGACCUGUCUUCAACGCCACUUUCGAUUUUAGGGAGCCGUACGCUUUGGUGCUGGAUUCGUUGGCGGUAGACAGCAUUAUUGCCAGCAGAGCGUAUAGCCUUGCCCUUGGAUCUGCGUCGGAUGAUGCAGGUUCCUUGAUUUUCGGUGGUUUGGAUCGAGGCAAAUUCUCUGGGACGCUCAAGAAAGCUCCAGUCGUCAAGAGUCGAGACGGCGGUACAAGAUUCACAGCCAACCUCUCGUCCAUUGGAAUUGACGCUGGAAACGGGACCCGUCGACAAUAUUCUCUGAAAGACACCAAUUUCCACCUUGACAGUGGCCACACAUUCUCCAAGCUAAAGGCGGACCUUGCAGAGCAAAUAUUCAAGGAUCUAGGCGCCGAAUUGGACGAGGACCUCGGCUUCUAUCUCGUUGACUGCAAGGUGCGAGACCACGAAGGAGGCGUCACAUUUGGAUUUGGAGGUGAUAAGACCAUCACGGUUCCCUUCCAUGAGUUUGUGUAUACCGCUCAGGGUCUAUGUGCAGUCGGUCUUGAGCCUAUCAAGGAGGGUGAACAGCAGGUUCUUGGUGACAGCUUCCUGAGGGCGGCAUACGUCGUCUUUGACUGGGAUAAUGAGAAUAUUCAUAUCGCACAAGCUGCCAACUGCAGCUCA